AUGGAGGUGCAACAAUGGUGGAAGCUUAGAUUCUCUUUCAAGAGUGCAACAAUUAUUGUCUGCUUUCUUAACAUAAUCACCGCUAUCUUCUUGCUUCAUGACUUUUUCACUUCACCUUACACCCGCACUAAAUUCUCCACUGCAAAUUAUAACCCAGCUCAACUCAUUUACAUUAAGGAAUCUGAAGAAAUCCGCCUUGCCAUGCUACCGUUGGAGCUAAUAAAAAGAGUGAAAGAAAUUGAGCAGGAAGGAUACACUGCACCAGAAACAGCCCAGAAGAAAGACACAAAGCAAACAGCUGCAGUUGAUCUGUCUAAACGGUUAAAGGAUUUCCGUUCCGUGAAUGAUGCUUCCAGCUUCAAAGCUUUGGAGGAAUGGCGUAAAAGAAAGAUGGAGAGGGCGAAACAAAGAGAAUUGGAGAAAAAUGGAACAGGCUCCUCUCAAGCUUGA